UGGCAUGGCAUUAAACAAAAGUUGACGGAAUAAUAUGGAAGAAAGAUUUGCAGAACGGAGACGAAAAGAAGCCUUUGCGAAGGAACUGAUCUUUAAAUGUAUAGAGACUGAAACAGUUGACCCGGAUGACCUUCUACUAAAUAUAUUGCCCUGGAUUUCGCAGCAACAUUAUGGAGAUAUAGAAGAAGAAAGGUCAAUAGGCGGAGUUUGUGGAUAUCCCUGCUGUGGAAAUGAAGUUGAUAUCAAUGGUACAUCAAAAAAAGAUACACAGCAGUUCACAAUAUUCAGCCAAAGUAAAAGGGUAUACGAUCUAACAAACGGACGGAAGUUUUGCAGCGACUGGUGUUUCGCAGCUUCUUCAUUCUUAGCCAAUCAGAUCUCAGCAGCGCCUGUGUGGUCAAAAACAACGGAAGAUGGAGUCCCUUUUAGAGAAUCAGCGUCUCAAAUACAAUUAUAUCCCAAGAGUGCGAAAGGAAAACCAGGUGAUGAAAUCAUUAUGAACGAGUUACUUUAUGAGAUGAGAGAGAUGGGUUUGAACGAAGAGCGUUUUCAGAGAACUGGACCAUCAAAUGAAAAGAAUAGCGAUGUCAAUGAGAGUUCAACAUAUACUGUGACCGAAUACGGCCUUGAAGAGUUGCAUGAAGAAGAUGGGGAAGUUUUAGUUAAAAACCAUGAAUCGAGGAAGAAAACUAGAAAGGUACAAUUUAAGCCAGAAGUGGUCGACCAGAAAGUUGAGACUGAGCUGCAUGUAGAGGAAGAUGAAGUUGCAGCCAAAAUUGAGAGGAGAAGUUUGGGAUAUUGCAAAUUGUGCAAUCAGAUUAUGUCGUGGAAGGCGCCUGCUUCUAUCAGUUUGACCACAGGUGGAAAUUUCCUGGAUCAAUGUCUACUGAAUGAAGACUUUUGUUUCAAAGUUGCUCAAUUUUACUCGAAAUCACAAGACGCGGCAUUACAGCAACUAAUAAAUUCAUCAGAAAAAAACCCAGGCAAUGAUCAACAUAUUGUGUCCAUCCCUAAUUUGGACAAUAAAGAUCAGAAUAAAGAGAGGCGUGAACUUCUUUUGAAAGGUGUGAACAAAAGUUUCAACGAAGUGAACAGUCGAUUCGGUGUGAACAGAAAAAUUUGGACCGAAAUUGUGAAGUUAGUUAAAACAUUCCAAUUGACCGCAGAAAAUGUAUUCGUGGAACCAUCUUUGAACCAGGUGUUACUGAUUGUUCUGAUGAGAAUGGUAUCAGAUUUGAAAACAAUUGUUCAUGAGACGGAUUGGACAGCGUUUGAAAUGUUUUGCAUAUCGGAGUACAAAAAGUACGGUUACAGCGAUUUAAAUGAGCUUGAGAAUUUUGUGCAAUGUUUUUGGGUAUACGAUCUAACAAACCGACGGAAGUUUUGCAGCGACUGGUGUUUCGCAGCUUCUUCAUUCUUAGCCAAUCAGAUCUCAGCAGCGCCUGUGUGGUCAAAAACAACGGAAGAUGGAGUCCCUUUUAGAGAAUCAACGUCUCAAAUACAAUUAUAUCCCAAGAGUGCGAAAGGAAAACCAGGUGAUGAAAUCAUUAUGAACGAGUUACUUUAUGAGAUGAGAGAGAUGGGUUUGAACGAAGAGCGUUUUCAGAGAACUGGACCAUCAAAUGAAAAGAAUAGCGAUGUCAAUGAGAGUUCAACAUAUACUGUGACCGAAUACGGCCUUGAAGAGUUGCAUGAAGAAGAUGGGGAAGUUUUAGUUAAAAACCAGGAAUCGAGGAAGAAAACUAGAAAGGUACAAUUUAAGCCAGAACUGGUCGACCAGAAAGUUGAGACUGAGCUGCAUGUAGAGGAAGAUGAAGUUGAAGCCAAAAUUGAGAGGAGAAGUUUGGGAUAUUGCAAAUUGUGCAAUCAGAUUUUGUCGUGGAAGGCGCCUGCUUCUAUCAGUUUGACCACAGGUGGAAAUUUGGAUCAAUGUCUACAGAGUGAAGACGUUUGUUUCAAAGUUGCUCAAUUUUACUCGAAAUCACAAGACAUGGCAUUACAGCAACUAAUAAAUUCAUCAGAAAAUAAUCCAGGCAAUGAUCAUCAUAUUGUCUCCAUCCCUAAUUUGGACAAUAAAGAUCAGAAUAAAGAGAGGCGUGAACUUCUUUUGAAAGGUGUGAACAAAAGUUUCAACGAAGUGAACAGUCGAUUCGGUGUGAACAGAAAAAUUUGGACCGAAAUUGUGAAGUUAGUUAAAACAUUCCAAUUGACCGCAGAAAAUGUAUUCGUGGAACCAUCUUUGAACCAGGUGUCACUGAUUGUUCUGAUGAGAAUGGUAUCAGAUUUGAAAGCAAUUGUUCAUGAGAAGGAUUGGACAGCGUUUGAAAUGUUUUGCAUAUCGGAGUACAAAAAGUAUGGUUACAGCGAUUUAAAUGAGCUUGAGAAUUUUGUGCAAUGUUUUUGGAAAAUAGAAUGAUUAGGUUAAUUGCUGUUUAUAAAAGUAAUUCACGUUUAAAACUUUCUUUAAAAAAAUAGAUUUAUAAUUAAUUA